UUUAGGUUUUGUUGUGCAAAAUGGCGAGGAUCACAGCUGUUAGUAAAGGCAGUUGGGAGUUUGUCAGUAAAGAGCAGAUUGCCGAAAACAAUGAAAGGAAUGAUGACGGUGAUGUUGACGAUGAAGAUGAUGACUGGGUGAGCAUGUAUGACGAUGAUUAUGAUGAUCUUACUCGGAAGUUGGGCAGUAGCAGUAAGCUAUUUACUGACUCGCUGAACACUGUGUCGAAAGGUACUACGGGUCGAACUGGUCUGAGUGAGUUCUGGAACCGGAAGUUGAUGGAAAGAUUUUCCUCGGUGAAGACUAUAUGUAAAGAUCGUUCUGAUCGAGCAACUGCAGAACAGGUUCUGGAUAAACGCACUUUGCUUAUAUUAAGGCGACUUAUGCAAAGAGAUAUUUUCGAUAAAAUUGAAGGAUGCGUUAGUACUGGUAAAGAGGCGAAUGUUUAUCAUGCUUUAACAGGUGAUGGCAAAAGUCUGGCUGUGAAGGUGUAUAAAACAAGCAUACUCAUCUUUCGAGAUCGCGACAGAUACGUUAGUGGUGAAUUCAGAUAUCGGCAUGGUUACUCCAAGCAUAAUCCAAGAAAAAUGAUCACAGUGUGGGCAGAAAAAGAAAUGAGGAAUCUGUCCCGAAUGCAUUCUGUCGGACUUCCUGUUCCAAAACCUGUAAUCGUUAAGCAGAAUGUUGUGGUUAUGGAUUUUAUUGGUGCCGAUGGUUGGCCAGCAGCACUUUUAAAAGAUGCUGAGCUGUCACAUAAGCUUGCUGAUACGCUUUAUAUCAAACUAGUGGAUUAUAUGCGGAAAAUCUACAGAGAUUGUCGGCUGGUACAUGCCGAUUUAUCCGAAUACAAUAUUAUGGUUAAAGAAGGAAAGUUGUACAUAAUUGAUGUAUCACAAUCAGUAGAGCACGAUCAUCCACGUUCUCUAGAAUUUCUUCGUUCAGACUGCUCGAAUGUCACAAAAUUCUUCAGAAGUAGGGGGGUUUCUGUGCUUUCUACUAGAGAUCUUUUUCUUUUGGUGGCUGAUCCAUCUAUCAAAACGGAAAGUCAAUUACAGGAACUUAUGAGUAAAAGGACUUCUGAAACACCAGCUGAUGAUGCCCUGUUUAUGAAUGCCUUUAUUGCUCAAAAGUUAGAACAAGUGCUUUACUUUGAACGUGAUCAACAAAUUACAAAAGCUGGUGGAGAAAUUCCAAAUCCGUUUCAGAUGAUGAUCUCACAAGUGAGGUGUGAUGAAGAUCAGAGUAUAGAUGAGGGAAAUGAGUUUGAAAGUGACGAACUAGAAGAUCAAAGAGGUUUAAAUCAAUAUCCUGGCUCAAUAGAGUUAUCAAUCUCUGGCGAAAAAGAACGAAAAAAUCGCAAAGUAGCCAUCUAUAUACGCAGUCGUGAUGAAUCCCCGAAUACGAAAAAGGAGCGAAAACGGCUGGUAAAAGAAGAAAAGCGCGCCAGUCGAUUAACGAAGAUACCGAAGCAUAUCAAGAAGCGCCACAAUAAGACUAAUAAAUGUUGAUAGUAAUGUAGCCAGUGCACAAAAUAUACCGGAAUGGAACGUUUUUAUGGUGGUUUCAUUCUCUUCUCCAAUUAGAAAUACUGAUUAGUUCACCAAGAAGUGCAGAAUAUAAUUUCUUCGUGUGAUCGUCUUGUAAAAUCCAAGUUACUAGUUUACAUAUUUUGGCAGCGGCAGCACUUCAUUAUUCACAACUUCUUGUCAAUACUCCCUUAAUUGAUCUUUAGUACCAAUGUUGUUUUGUAUGAUAUUUUGAGCUCAAAUCUUUUUUAAAGAUUUUUAAAUUCGUGGAAGUUGUUUCCAAUAUAUUUGCUUGAUACACUUCUUAAAAGCAACAUCUUGAAAUACGUUCUUUAAAUGUUCUAUCUUUAAUUAAAAAUCUUUUAUAAUUAUCUUUUGCUUUGUCUUUUGCUAAUUUUGUAGGCAUUAUCAUCCUUUUUAGUUCUAAUACCAUAUAUAAGGUAUGGAAAUGGAAAUCUUAUUUCAGGCGGCAUAAAUUUUUGCGUCAGUUAUUACUGUUAGUAUCACUCUUAUUAUUAACACCACGACCAUCGUCAUUACCACUGUCAGUACUAUAACUUUUGUUCCUGCUUAUUAACGAAAGAAAAACUGGUGUUUUUUAUCGCUUCAGUUGUUCUUUUUGAAUAUAUAGCUGUUCCUUCCGAGCCUCCCGCUAUUCAUCACUCUAUUUUUUUUGUCAUCCUCGAAAAAUUUCCGACUGGUGUGUUGCCAAAAUUUUUAGGAAUUUGUUGGAAAUAUAAGUGUGAUUCAUCGGAUUUCUCAGUUGUUACUUAACCACUCUUCUAUUUUCAUAACUGCCUCCAUGAGGUUGGAGAAUUAGUGUGACUCAUUCAAAAGAUUGCGCCACAUACUUAAACAUGGAUUCACUGUGUCAGGAAUGCCGCACGUGUUCUGUUAUGCUACUGUAAAUAAAAAUAUUUUCAAGAAAAACG